AUGGAUUUUGGAAAGCACAAGAUGAACUGGGCUGGAAAUGAAGUCAGAAGAGUAAGAAGAACGGGCCCUGUCGAUAUCAAGCCAGAGCGGGAGGCGAUCAAAGUAUCUGUGCAAGAGGAACAGCCAUACAACCUUCAAUUUUAUCGGAAACCCCCGACAACAGACAUCAGUCUUGAAGAAUUUGAAACGACAGCUCUACAGCGAUUCAAUUUGUUAAAGGCGAUUACCGAUAUCAAGGAGAGCCACAAGGUCUACAGCGAUGAGUUCGUCAAGGCGAUGGAGAGUCUGCUUUCGAAGGAAUUCCCGGUCGGCUUUUCGGCGCGGCGCGGAGAAUGGAACCAUCUGAACCGGAAAGAUCAACGUGAUUGGCGGGAGAAGGAUCUGAUCGGCCACUAUAUCCUGCGGUUGGCUUUUGCGAAGACUCCUGAGGAUCGCAAGUGGCUGAUCAAUAGCGAGAUGGAGUUGUUUAGGUUCCGAUUCAAGAAUGAAACGAAAGAGCUCACAAAGAAGUUUCUGCGUGACAAUUCGAUUGAAGUUGAACCGGUUUCUUCCACCGAACGACAAGAACUAUCCGAGCUGCUCGAGGCGGCUUGUGCAUUUAUACCUGGCCAGGUUGAGUGCACCGAUUUCUGGAAGAUCAAAUUCACCGAAGCUAGCGACUUGAUUCGAAAGCGGAAAUGUCUAUUGCGCGCUGGAACCGCUUAUUUACCGGCCGAUGAUUUGCAGAUAAUCGUCACUGGCAUCUUCCGCACAAUGCUGUCGGGUUCAUUGGCGAGACUGUACAAACAUCUUCCAAACCUACAAGAUGAGGCCGAUCGAAUUCUACCCCUAUUGGAGCGCAUUUCAAAGAACGCAUACAGCGGCAAGGAGUAUUCUGGUGACAAUGCCAACGGAAUCACGCGCCACAUGAUUGAUGCGUUGUCCGCAGAGUUCCCGCUGUGCAUGCGAACGAUCCACCAACGACUGCGCGCCGACCACCACAUCAAGCACGGGGCCCGUCAGCAAUACGGCUUGUUCCUGAAAGCAAUCGGUCUGCCGCUUGACGAAGCCAUGGCCUUUAUGCGAGAGGAGUUCACGAAGAAGGUCGACGCAGAAAAGUUCGAGAAACAAUACGGGUACAAUAUUCGGCAUCAAUACGGAAAGGAGGGUCGACGCAAAGACUAUCCGGCUCUUUCCUGUCAAGCCAUCAUCUUGGGAGCGCCGCCCAGUGCUGGUGAUUGUCAUGGUUGCCCCUACAAACACACCGAUCCGAAGGGACUCCAGUCGCGCUUGAUCAGCACCGGGUUGACGCAGGAGCAGGUUGAAACGAUCAUGACCCUGGUGAAGGGGGCCCGCUACGACAAGGCUUGCACCCGGCAAUUCGAGUACGCCCGUGGAAUGGCUGACGGCGGUCUCGGAACCCUCAUCACCCACCCGAACCAGUAUUACGAGAUGGCCACCCAGGUGCGAGACGGGAAGCGAACCGAGGAACACACGCAGCUAAUGGUCAGCCAAUCGGUCGACGACUCAACCCAGCUCGAACUCAAGCACGACGUGACGGCGAUUCCCGAGGACAGUAUGGACAUUGAUUAU